AUGGGUUCGCCGGCCUUGCUCCGAGGCGGUCGGACACCACGUCUUGUUCCACAGAGUCGGAUUGCGCGACCCCGACUGCCAGGCGGAUACUCGACCCUAGCCUCAGCUCGCCCGCAACUCGUCGCUCCGCCCCGACCCUCCAUGCACCCUUCUCUCCUCCUCGCUCACAUGGGCGGGAUCUUCGCAGCCAGCUGCCUUUUGCCGGGAAUAGGGGCGCGUCGGACGGCUAUGCGGGCAGCUGAAUCUCCCGAGAGCGAGGCGGACGAACCGAUGGAAGGGCCGGCGGACGAGGAGGAAGUCGACCUGCCACUCGCCUACCCUCUCCAACGACCGCACCCCUAUCCAAAUCAUCUCAUCAAUCUCGCGCAGCAGCUAUCGACGCAGAUCAAGCAGAACCCGCUUGACUCCGUCUUCACCCUCCGCCAGCUCCACCUCGUCACGCAGCGAAUACCACGGCGACUACCCCUCCCGCAAGACCCCGUGUCCGACUCACCUAUCCUUCGAGAACUCCGCCCCGAACCGUGGGUCUGGCAGCUACCAGCAACGGCCGCCAUCGACGCGAUUGUCGAAGUUCUCGACGAUCCCGUUCACAGCAACGACCCUCGAGUCGCCCAGGAGCUCCUCCCCAUCGCCGUCAUCAUUGCGCGAAAUUCUCUUCACUGGGACGCGACCAUGUUCUGCGAGAUCUUGCCCCAGCUCGAGGCAGAAGCGCGGUCUCGGACGUGGGAACUGCUCGGCGCGUAUCAGAGGCAGCGCAGGAAAGUGCGGGCGCCGCAGGUUCAGCCUGUGGUCGUGCGGCGUCUGUCGAAGCGUGAGCGCGUGCGGGGGCCGGAACCGGAGGCGGCAGCCUGGCGGGGAACGCCCCGGGACGUCGAGCGUGCACCAACCACCGCACCGCCGCCAGCGUCCGGCUUCUUCACGAAGGCUGCGCCAGUUCCGCCUCCAGCACCAGCUUCUCUCCGACCACCCAUCUCGGUCCCGACUCCGUCCCUCGAAUCGCUCGUCGAGCGUCUCGCACGGCAUAGCAACUUCAGGGACGAGACGAUGUCCUUGUCGUACGGGCUGUCGGCUCUGCGGCGGAAAAGGCGAGUAUGGCCGACAUUGGCUGCGGCACGAGCCGCUAUUGGUGCGGACCGGAUUGACCAGGCUUCAAUGAGCUGGGCGGAUGCGCUCAGGUCGAUGCCGCACACGUCGCCCGGCCUGUCGAUGCACACGCAGCUCCGACGCAUCCUGUUCGUCCUGCGGAGCCGCAUGCGACGGGAGGGAGGCGACUUCUUCGCCGUCCCGAACCACGAAACCUUCGCAGCCGUCUCGCAUCUCGCCCAAGCGCUGGACGCCGAAUGGGCACGCAUUCUCGAGGUGCCCCAGCGAGAUCCACGUCCCGCACAACAACUAAUCAACUUCCUCUCGGCCGUCCCACCUCCUCCGCCGACGCGAUACUUCCUGCCAAGAUCGCGGCGACACCAGAACGCUCAAGACCACGCGCGUGUCUUCGCGAUGGUCCGCGAGGUCUUUCGGCGGAUCAUGGAGGACAUGCUUGACAGCAAGAUCGCCGUCGGUGGUCACGACGUCGUCGUGUCGGAACGCGAUAGCUCUUCGAAGCGGGAGCGCAAGUUGCCGCUCAAAGCGCCUCAGUUCAACGGCCUCAUCCUCUUCGCCUUGCGCAAGAUGGAGUCGCCCGACCUUGCGACUCGACUGCUGCAGUGCAUGCGGGACUACGGCUUCGUCCCGACCGAGCACACGCAGACGAUCGUCUUCUCCGCCCUCGCCUCGAGCCAGAAGAUUCCUCUCGAGCAGAUCCUCGCUGCGGCCGAGCAAUCUCCCACGACUGUCCCCCUUCUCCUCAAACACCGCGCACAACAAUCCGACUUUGAAGAUCUGUACCGCAUCGUCUUCGGCCUUCUCCCCGAACUCGAUUACAACCGGACUCGCAGCGUGCGAGACGUUGCCCAACCGCCCCCUCCUGGCCGCUCUCUCCACCUUUACGCGACCCUACUCGAGCUCGUCACCCGUGCAGGUCAUGUUGGACUCGCCGAGCGCGUGUUCCGCAACGGACGCUGGGCGGCAGAGCUGUCGCGGCCGAAUCGAGACGCCAUGCCGCCAAAGGACGAGGGCUGGGUCGUACCUCCGUCGAUGUACACCAUCAUGCUGCGCCUGUACGCGCAACAGGCUCGGCGGGGGCGAUUCCUCGGUCGACGGCAUCGCGAGGUGCCGGAUCCUCGAGCGUGGGUGCGCGGCUGGGGUCGGCGAGCCCUCACAAACUUCCUUCUGUACGAGCAGCGCGCUCGCAUGGAGGAGAACCUCGGCACAUCGGCCACCUCGUUCCUCGACUCGAGCUCGCCGUUACGCUUCCUGCCGUCUGGCAACCCCUCGGCUUCGUCGCGCCUCCAGUCCGUCCUGCGCUCUGAGGCGGCAGCCAUCGUCGCCAUUGCCGAGCUCGAGAACGCUUCGAGGGAACCCGAGUUGCGCAGCCUGCACGACGCGAUGACCAGCCCAUACUCGCUCGAGGCGCUCGAGACGCUCUUCCCCGAUGCGGUUGAGCAGCGGUUAAAGGCCGAAGAGGCGCAGACGGGCGAGACGGAGGUGCAGCGGCGUCUGCGGGAGCACGAGGUCAAGAUGUGGAGGAGGCGGUUCCGUCCCGCAGAGACGGCCGAGGCGGCGCGAGAUGUCGCUCGCCAGCAGUGGGGUCAGCACCAGCACCUGGAGCGGGAGGUUCGGAGGGAGGAAAGGCAGAAGCGGAGACACAAGCGCCGAAGCAGAAGCAGUGAGGGGGGUUGA